GGGGCAGGCCGGGUGCCGCCGCGGAGCUUAUAAAUUCUGGCUCGUUCUCGACCCUCCUCAAAUGCUGGCCGACCCAAAGACACUUCUGUCCAUGUCCCUAACAUGUGCCACCUUGCUGGGGACCUGCCUCCUGCUCUUGAUUAGAGGGGUGGCGCCCGACGAUGGAGAAUUUGAAAGAUGCGGCAUCGGUCCGGUUCUGACGGGCAGGAUCGUCGGAGGCAAUGAAACGGAGCCCAACGAGUGGCCUUGGCAGGCCUCUCUACAGCUGACCCAUCCCCAAUUUGGAAAAGUGGGACACUGGUGCGGGGCUGUCAUUAUUCACAAACAGUGGGUCAUGACGGCAGCACACUGUAUACUUAACCCCCUGUUCUCCCUACCUCAGCCCAUAUUCUGGAAGGUACGCGUGGGCGAGCACAACCUGAAGCUGACCGAGGGACCAGAGAAGACCAUCCAAGUGUCCGAGGUCCACUUCCAUCCUUGGUACCAUGCUUAUGACAAGGAUAUCGCCUUGCUGAAGCUGGAAAAAGAAUUGGAAUUUAAUGACUACGUGCGGGCUGUAUGUUUGCCGGAUGAAGAUGCAGGCUAUCUGGGCAUGCGAUGCAUUGCAACAGGUUGGGGCAAGGUAGACUUCGAUAAACGAGGAUCGAAUGUAUUACGGGAAGUGGAGAUCCAGGUGAUGGACAACCAUGUGUGUCACGCCGCUUACUAUCCUACUUACAAGAUUCCGAUUAAAGGGUGGCAUCUGUGCGCAGGGGUUCUCGAAGGUGGAAAAGGAACUUGUCAGGGUGAUUCUGGCGGUCCCUUGCAGUGUCUGGUCAAUGGCAAAUACUAUGUAGCCGGCAUCACUUCUUUCGGAUCUGGUUGUGCCAAAGAAGGAUACCCGGACAUCUACACGAGGGUCAGUUAUUUCGCUGACUGGGUGGAAGAAAUCAUGAGCAGACCCCCAGCUGGAAAGAAGUGAUGAUCUCUCUGACACUUUGGAAUGAAGCCAAGUCGCAAGGAGUUUUAAGUCCCGGAGAUGUUCAGACGUUACAAAAUGCACGUUCCAUGGAUAUUUCUUCGUCCCGUCAAACAUUAAUCGUGUUCAAACAUGUGUGAAUGUAUAUAAAUGCACAAUUUUUCUUUGUCUGUUUUUCCAUUCAUAAUAAAAGAUGUGUAGAAAUAUA